ACUAUGAAUGGCAAAAGCGGUCGACAGAUGUGGUGGCAAUCGUUGGGCAAAACACAACUCCAAUGUAUUGUCGAUUGACUUCCCUUUCCGUUGAAGUGUUUUCACGUGAAUAAUAAUGGUCGGACCCGCGAAACCGAAAACAACGACAGCGAAGGCGGCGCCCAAAGCGGCCGCCAAAACGCCCGCCUCUGCCGCCAAGAAGAAGCCUAAAGUUGUUCUGCCGAAGAAUGUGAAGAAACUGAUCACUCAUCGGUCGACUCGACCGCUUUGGGCCAAAAUCAGGCGAACGGCGAAGAGUAAGAAAGUGCCCGCAGAGACACUCCUCUUCUUCUUCGGGUUCAAACACCACUUCUUCUAG